AUGGAUUCUGAUGCCAGUCUGAUAUCGAGCCAGCCGUCGUCCCCGGAUCUGUUCCUGUCGGACGAGCCGACCUCGGGCUUCUCGGGCACGGUCUCCUCCACACAGAGCGAGUGCGGCCGAGGGGCGCAAGGCCGGCCCAGGGAGCCGCUCCGGGCCAAGGACAAGAAGCAGAUGAGCGAGUCCGAGCUGCAGCAGCUCCGGCUGAAGAUCAACAGCCGGGAGCGCAAGAGGAUGCACGACCUGAACAUCGCCAUGGACGGUCUCCGGGAGGUCAUGCCGUACGCCCACGGCCCCUCGGUGCGGAAACUCUCCAAGAUCGCCACGCUGCUGCUGGCCAGGAACUACAUCCUGAUGCUGACCAGCUCCCUGGAGGAGAUGAAGCGGCUGCUGGGCGAGAUCUACGGCGGCGGUCACCACAGCAGCUUCCACCCGUCCCCAGCUUGCCAAGCCGGCCCGGCCCUGCCGCCUUCCCACGGCCCUCACCCUCUCCCGCACCCGGCUAUGGUCCCGGCCGUCAGCUCGGCCCCUCUAGCCGGGGCCAGCCUAUCCCCGGCCGUCGCCGCCGGCGUCCGCGGCCCGGGCAGCCUGCUGAAGACGGCGGGAGCCGCCGCCUCGGGUUUCCAGCAGUGGGCUGGCAUGCCGUGCCCGUGCACAAUGUGCCAGGUGCCGCCGCCUCCUCAUGUGCCCAGCGCUGCCAUGACCCGGUUACCCUCAGACAGCAAGUGA